GUUAUGGACAUUGGCUUAGCGAACGAAAAGGCCGGUCAGGAACUAUCCUCCUAUUCGGGGACUUUUCAACCCGCCCCGGGCAACAAGACUGUCACCUACCUGGGGAAAUUCGCUUUCGACUCGCCCUCCAACUGGUGCCAGGACAACAUCAUCAGCCUGAUGAGCGCGGGCAUCCUGGGGGUGCCGGGCGCGCUCCCCAGCACGCAGAGCUCAGCGGGCAGCAUGGGGCCGCCGCAGGGCGAGGUGGACCAGAUGUACCCCGCGCUGCCGCCCUACUCCUCCUGCAGUGACCUCUACCCGGAGCCCGUCUCCUUCCACGACCCCCAGAGCAACCCCGGGCUCACCUACUCCCCCCAGGAUUACCAGGCGGCCAAACCCGCCUUGGACAGCAACCUCUUCCCCAUGAUCCCAGACUAUAACCUCUACCACCACCCCAACGACAUGGGCACCAUCACGGAGCACAAACCCUUCCAGAGCUUGGACCCCAUCCGCGUCAACCCGCCCCCCAUCACCCCGCUGGAGACCAUCAAGGCCUUCAAGGACAAGCAGAUCCACCCGGGACGGCGUGCCGAGACCAGCUGGCCAGGACGCUGGGUGACCCCGAAGGCGACCGGCUCCGUCCUCGUGUCCCCCCCUUUUCCCACCUGCCUGGGGACGGAGCGCGCCCCGAAGUGUCAGCGUCAGUCCUUCGGCGUGUCGUGGCUCCGCUUACGCGUGAACGCGAGGGGCUCGUACCCGGCAGCGUGUCGGAGACACAAUCGCUCUCAGUUCAGCCUGGCCAGCUGA